CUCCAGCAGCUCCUACCUUCAACGGAUCACUUUAUCAUUUGUGGUCGAUGAAGAUGAAAACUUACCUCAAAUCUCAAGGUCUAUGGAAAGUGGUUGAGACAGAUGAAGAUCCUCCCGCUCUCAGGCCAAAUCCAACAGUAGCUCAGCUCAGAGACCAUGAAGAACAGCUCCUCAGGAAAGAUAAAGCCUUGACUUGCAUCCACUCAAGCUUGGCAGAUCAUGUUUUCACCAGCAUCAUGGACCUGGAAACACCCAAAGCUGUUUGGGAUUACCUCAAAGAGAGAUUUGAAGGCACAGACCGAGUGAAAGCUGUGAAGCUCUUGACGCUCAAGAGAGAAUUUGAGCUGCUCAAGAUGAAGGAUGACGAGCUAGUGAAAGAUUAUUCAUCAAGAAUGAUGGAUCUUGUAAACCAAAUUAGGCUAUAUGGUAAAGCUCUACCUGAUCAGAGAGUGGUGGAGAAGAUUAUGGUCAGCGUACCAAGAAAAUUUGAAGCUAUAAUUUCAGCUAUUAAAGAGUCAUGUGAUUUGCAGAGGCUAACAGUAGUUGAGCUCAUUAGCAAAUUAGUAGCUCAAGAACAAAGAAGCUCAAUGAGAGAUGAAGAGACAGCUGAAAGUGCUUUCUUUGUUUCUCAUAAAGGAAAAAAGCCAAACACCAGAAAUAGAAGAGGUACUAGCUACAAAAAUCGAGCUCCAGAAAAUUCGAGCUCAAAACAGGGCAAGCUUCCUCCUUGCUCCAUUGGCAAGAAAACAAACCAUGCUGAAAAAGAUUGUUGGUACAAAGAUGGUGAAAAACCAAAGUACAAAUGCAACUUUUGCAACAAGAUUGGCCACACCGAGAAGUUUUGCAGAGCUAAGAAAGCUCAACAAGCUCAGACGCAAGCUCAAGAGCAGGUCCUUGCAGCUAAGGAGGAGAAAUCACAUCCAAGAGAGCAUUUAUUCAUGGCUUCUCAAGCUAACAAAACAACUCAGAAUUACACUUGGCUCAUAGACAGUGGAUGUACUAGCCACAUGACACCAGAUGCUACAAGUUUUACUAGCCUUGACAAGUCAAUAACAACCAGAGUGAAGCUGGGAGAUGGCUCAACGGUUCAAGCUAGAGGAAGAGGCUCAAUUUCUGUCAACACUAAGAAAGGCUACAGAAUUUUUGAGCUCAACAAUAAAAGAAUUGAGCUCAGCAGAGAUGUGAGCUUUGAUGAGAGCUCUUUUUGGAAUUGGAAUUCACAUGAAGUCGAGAAGCAUGAGCUCCUUUCCUUAUUAGCUCCUACUUUUGAAGUGGAAGAAGAAGAGAACGUCAAUGACGAGCUAUUUGAUGUGCACAACACCAGUGACACUCAAGUGCUCAAAACAAGACCGUUAGCUGAGGUGUAUAAAAGAUGCAAUUUUAUCUUCGCUGAGCCAGCUAACUUUGAUGAAGCUUCCAAGCAUCCAGAAUGGAUUGAAGCUAUGAAAGCUGAAAUUCAAAUGAUAGAAAAGAACAAUACUUGGCUGCUCACUGAGCUACCACAAAACAAGCAAGCUAUAGGAGUCAAAUGGGUGUUCAGAACCAAGUACAAUCCUGAUGGCUCAAUCAACAAGCUCAAGGCCAGAUUAGUUGUGAAGGGCUAUGCUCAAGUUGCGGGUAGUGACUAUGAAGAUACCUUUGCUCCAGUAGCUAGACAUGACACUAUCAAGUUGCUGUUAUCUUUUGCAGCUCAAAUGGGCUGGAAAGUUUUCCAUCUCGAUGUGAAAUCAACAUUCUUGAAUGGUGAGCUCAAGGAGGAGCUCUACAUAGAGCAACCAGAAGGUUUCCAAGUGAGAGAAAGAGAAGAUGAGGUUUACAAGCUAAGAAAGGCUUUGUACGGGCUGAAGCAAGCUCCAAGAGCUUGGUACCAGAAAAUUGAUGCUCACUUGAUGCAACAAGGGUUCAAGAGAAAUGAUAAUGAAGCUACUCUUUAUUUGAAGCAAGAAGAUGGAGAGCUCAAGAUAGUGGUUUCAUUAUAUGUUGAUGACCUCCUUGUUCUGGUAGCCAAGAAGAAGGCAUUUGAACUCAAGAAGCAAAUGGAAAGUGUUUUUGAGAUGUUCGAUUUGGGCUUAAUGAACUAUUUUCUUGGGAUGGAAAUUCAUUAAUGCUCCUCAGGAAUUUUCAUAUCUCAAAGAAAAUAUGCUCUUGAUGUUUUGAAGAAGUUUAAGCUAGAAGCUUGUAAAGAAGUUGCAACUCAAAUAGCUCAGAAUGAAAAGCUUUCGAAGAAUGAUGGAGAAAAGCUAGAAAACCCAACUGUGUACAGAAGCAUUGUUGGCAGCUUGUUGUAUCUUUCAACUACAAGAUCUGACCUAAUGUAUCCAGCUAGCCUUCUUUCAAGAUUCCUGAGCUAUCCUACGAGUGUGCAUCUAGGAGUAGCUAAAAAAGUUCUCAAGUUCUUAAAGGGUACCGUGAAGGAUGGUAUUUGGUAUCACAGGCUUAACCAAAUUGAGCUACAAGGUUAUGCUAAUAGUGAUUGGGCUGGAAGUGUGGAUGACAUGAAGAGCACCUCAGGCUAUGUGUUCUCGCUAGGCUCAGGUGCAAUUUGCUGGAACUCAAAGAAACAAGAAGUUGUAGCUCAAUCAACGGUCGAGUAUGUGUCGAUUGCAGCUGCAUCAAAUCAAGCUAUAUGGCUUAGGAAGCUCUUGUCAUAUUUGUGUGUUGAGCUAGACAAACCAACUACAAUCUAUUGUGACAACAAGUCAGCAAUUGCUAUAGCUGAAAAUCCAGUUCAACAUGGACGAACCAAGCACAUCAAUGUGAAGUUUCACUCCAUUAGAGAAGCUGAGAAGAAUUUGGAGAUCAAGCUCCAGCAUUGCUCUUCAGAAGAGCAGCUUACUGAUCUCUUUACCAAACCAUUAUCAAGACCAAGAAUUGAUUUUUUGAAGAAUCAGCUAGGAGCUUCCAAGACCAACCUCAAGGAGGAGUGUUGGAACAUGUGA